AUGCCGCCGUACUGAGAGGUGUGCAAUGCCGGGUUACAUCAACGUCAACCCAAAAGGCCCAAUACCACCGGAAUCUACCACUGGUCGGAGGGCCGCCGGUAAGCAGAACGUUACUAACAAACCGGCGCCGGGUGUUCGCCGUAAACCUAGUACUCCACCACCUGCAAAAGAAGCCGUUGCCACCACUCCACCUCUGGCUGGUAGACCAACCGUAUCGCCACCGCCUGCAGCAGUUAAAUUACCCGUUACCGGUGAGCCACCUACCGCCGGUCAACCACUUGCCAUUGCAAUAGCGGUUGGUCCGUCGAUUGCAACAGGUUCAACUCCCCAGGGUGCCAAAGACGCAUCAGUUCCGCCAUCAGAUACCACUUCACCUGCAAUAACGCCACCACAGCCAAAAGCUAUUUCCCAAAAGGACAAAAAAGGAACACCACC